UAUUUCUACUCCCUGCAUUUCCCCAAACUCUCGCUUUUAAACAAAAAAAUUACCACAAUUCGAUCAGUAGAACACAAAACCGCAUCAAGAUCUUAAUUGCUGACCAUCCUCGCGGUAGAUGUAUACAUCAAACACAUUUCUACACAUGCAUUUUUUAAUUUCAGUUUGUGUCAGGAUUUCAAGGUAUGAGGGAAGCUUUUCUGUAAUAAAUCAAAUUUAUACCUAUUGUCACAAAUUUGUGCAUUGAAUUUAUCAUGCUUUGUUCUGGAAUAUUUUCGGUUAUGUUUUGUGUCUUCGUGUCCUUAGUUUUCCUAAGUGACAAAAUUACAGCUUCUGCUCAUAUUAAUACAACUGAAGCUGUGAUGAGCGUGUCUCCCUCAACGGUGCGUCAACCAAGGACAGUUAAAGGGAACGAACUUAACAUGCAAAAUUUACCGAGUUGUAUCUCCAGGAUAAUUUGCAUGAUGAAUGGUUCAGAAGUUCAAAGUGGGUCCAAGAAUGAGGAGUUGUUAAAGAAACUCAUGAAAAAUUUGAUAAAAGGUGAUGCAGAAGAAAGCAGUGAAGAAGAAAACGAUGAUGAUGACGACGAUGAAAAUAGCGCCAUCAUAACCAACAAAAAUAUUCUUGAUAAUAACCAACACAUAAGGUCGUAUCGGUCACGGGGACGUCCCAUAUACAAGUCUGACUCCUUAGAAAAGUUGGUAAAUGAAUACGACGGAUUUUUUAGUCGAAGAGUGGGCCCACCAUCAAAACGAUAUCCGAGACUAUUUGGAAGUUUUAACCCAUUUAUGAAAAUACAGAAAAAGGGACGCUACAACCCUGCGGACUUGCACAAACUGCGUACCGCUCUCAAAACUCCACGCUCGCGAAGUUCCCGUCAAUGCAACAGCCGUCUCCUGAAACUGACUUUGAUUCGAAAUAAUUAUCCACCGACCUCGUCCACCCCGAUUUCGGUCAUGCCACCAUCACAGGAGGCAUGCCCCUUCAACUUUUCUGAGCUGCAGACAAUGCUCCUAGAUACGUUUGGAUCUCUGCUGAUGACCGCUGGAGGAAUUGGUGGGGCAUUGGCCAUGGCGCAACCAAGUCCAAAGGAACAACAAAAUCAGAAGGUUGCAGAAAUGGGUGGCGCAAACCAACAGCAAAAAUUCAACGACACAACUUCAAUUUACAAUAAUGGAAAUCCGUACACUGUUUAUGCUAAUAUUAAGCUGCCCAUAACUAUCUCUGCGUCUGAACAGAAUGGUGCAAAUGCUGUUGGAACUGACCUUCAAAAAGUUAAUACAUAUCAUUACAGACCUCGACCUUCUACGUCUAAUCAGAUCGCACAAAAUAAUAAUAAGAAUCGUCAACCUAUUUUGGUUCAAAAACUUUCUGACUUUUACAAACGAAAUGGAAAAUAUAAAAGUCUGCAAAUUGGCAAGCAAAGUCAACCAAAAAUUGGAAAACUACAACAUGCAAAAAAUGAACAGCGACUAAAGGCAUCCGAGGAAUCUUCUAUUUCAGAAGAAUCUGAAGAAAAUCUUCAAAACUUAAAUAUUUACAACAUACAGAAAAUUGAGUCAAAUAACAUUCCAAUCCAUAAAAUUUCAUCGGACCUACAAAUGUGGAUUCGUUGGUUGCGAAGGAGUAUGGCAAAUUUGCAACGAAGACUCCUUACAAAGUUCCAGCCUCUGGGUGCCGGUGGACAUCGUCCAGCUCGACGUGGAAUAUUUCACCGAAAAAGAGGUCUCCAAUGGAGUGAUAAACAAGUAGAGGACGAAAAUAUUUCUAUAAGUUCCGAAUACUCUGAUGAAAAUGAUAAUUCGUAAAAAUAAAUUACAUUUAUUUUCUAAGACCACAUUUCAGGGACU